AUGCAUGACUGGUUCUCCAGUUACCUCUCGGACAGAAAACAACGAGUGGUCAUCCAGGGUGCAACGUCUACAUGGAAGUCCCCACUAGCCGGAGUACCGCAAGUAACGCAGGGCAAUGCAGCUGGAUGUGGAGGAAACCUGACGACUCCCACUGGAGGUCCUGUGACAUCAACAAACUACCCCAGUAACUAUGGCAACAAUGAGAACUGCGAGUGGUUAAUCACUGUACCAGAAGGAAGCAUCAUUCGUCUCACGUUCGACAGUUUUAAUACUGAGGGCUGUUGUGACUUCCUGACCAUCUACGACGGAGCCAGUGACAGCGCUGCAGUGAUACAAACGUUAACAGGUCAACAGUCAGUCAGCCCUAUCAUCAGCACAUCUAACUCCAUGUUCCUGAGGUUUACAUCUGACCACAGUAUAACACGUCAGGGGUUCCAGUUCUCCUACACAUCUCUCACGUUGCCUCAGCACGCUGUGGAGGUCAUUGUGGACAUUGCGGACCUGUACUAA